AUGGAAGGCAGUGCCUCCGAACAGUGCCGCAGAACUGAGGGAAGGCCGUCUGUGCAUCAGCCGCGUAUAGAUCGCAUCGAUGACCCGGCACUAAACUAUCAAGUCUCCGCCACGUCCCCUCAGAGCUUCACUCCGCGCUCACUUCUCGUUGGUCUUAUUAUCGGUGCCCUCAUUACAUUUUCAAAUACCUACUUCGGGUUGCAAACAGGAUGGAUCAGCACAAUGGCUAUGCCGUCGGCCUUGAUUGGCUUUUCGGUCUUCAAGGUCCUAUCUAAACACCUGUCUUUUCCCUUUACGCCAGUUGAAAAUGUCUUGAUACAAACCGUUGCCGGUGCAGUUGGAACCAUGCCACUUGGAUGUGGAUUUGUUGGCGUCAUCCCUGCUCUGGAGUUCCUGCUGAAGCCUGGCGAAGAUGGACCUGAAGGCGAUGGUGGAGAGGGCGAAGGAGGUCCUUUAAAACUCGGCUUCUGGAAGCUAGUUAUCUGGAGUCUGGGGGUAUGUCUUUUUGGCGUGGUAUUUGCGGUCCCAUUACGAAAAGAGGUCAUCAUUCGAGAGAAACUACGUUUUCCAAGCGGUACCGCCUCUGCGUUGAUGCUCAAGGUCUUGCAUAGCUCUGGAGGCAACGAAAAGGUCAUAGCACCGGAGAGUUUUUGUGAGGGGACUCUGAGCACCGAGCCCGGAGCAGCCGUUCAAUUGCGAGAAGACACAGACCUCUUGAAGGAUGGCGAUGCUGAAGAUCAAGCUUCCAAGGAGCAAGAUUGGCGCUCAAAGAUGCGCAUCCUAGUUGGAUCGUUUGCAUUGUCGGGUACCCUUUUCUCCUACUUUGUCCCUCUAGUCCAUGCCAUCCCUCUGUUUGGCGUGGGCAUGGCAAAGAACUGGCUGUGGACUCUUAACCCGUCACCCGCAUAUAUCGGUCAAGGCAUAAUCAUGGGCCCAUCAACUUGCAUGCAUAUGCUUUUCGGGGCAGUCUUGGGAUGGGGCGUCCUAUCACCGCUGGCUAAGACUCGCGGCUGGGCCCCCGGUCCGGUUAAUGACUGGGACACUGGUAGCAAAGCAUGGAUUGUCUGGAUAUCGCUGGCUAUCAUGCUUGCUGACUCACUUGUUAGCCUUGGGUGGUUGCUGCUUAAGCCCAUCGUGAAUCACUUUCCAAGGUUGAUAGCCUGGUUGCGAUCCACUCGUGCCGGUCAAUGGAUUGCAAUUCGACUGCAAUCUUCUCAGCACUCAUACGUCAACUACUCCACUUUGGAGUCGGAGUCUCAUGGUUUGUCUAAUGACAACGAUGAUGCCCACCAGACACUAGUAUCUACCAGCGAGGAGGACGAUGCACCGCGAUCUCAACUCAUCUCAACACGUACAGUAGUGAUUCUGCUUCCCCUUACCCUCCUCCUGAAUGUUAUAUGCAUGCACUUUGUCUUCGGUGAAAUUAUUUCCCCCUUUCUAUCGACGUUGGCGACUCUGCUCGCCGUUCUCCUAUCCAUAAUGGGUGUCCGGGCUCUUGGCGAAACCGAUCUCAACCCAGUCUCGGGUAUCAGCAAGCUGACACAACUUCUCUUUUCACUCGCUACACCGGCAUCUCAAUUUUCCAGACGCACUGCACUAGUGACUAACCUGCUUGCGGGUGCGGUCUCCGAGUCAGGAGCUCUGCAAGCCGGUGAUAUGAUGCAAGAUUUGAAGACCGGUCAUCUUCUUGGCGCAAGUCCCAAGGCUCAGUUCUAUGGCCAGAUAAUCGGCAGUCUUGUCGGUGCAGUUCUCUCAACUGCCGUAUAUAAAUUAUACGUUAACGUCUAUGAGAUCCCGGGUGAAAUGUUCCAGACACCUACUGCGUAUGUCUGGAUUUUCACUGCCCGCCUUGUGACUGGCCAAGGGCUGCCCAGCAUGGCUGGACAAGUAUCUCUCAUUGCUGGUAUCGUGUGGGUGUUCCUUACUGCACUGAGGAUCGCAGCUGCGUCCCCUGCCUAUGCACGCGAUGGGAACCCCCCUGCUUGGAGAGCUUGGAUUCCCGGCGGUAUUGCCGUUGCCGUUGGUAUCUUUAAUGAGCCUUCAUUUACCCUGGCGAGAGCUAUCGGUGGUAUCAUUGCAUGGUGGUGGGCGCGCAAGAAUUCCGAAUCGAAGAUGGACCAACUUGUUGCCAAUGGAAACGCUUCCAGCAUGGGAUCCUCUAUCGAGACUGAGCUGCAGGAUGGGCAAAGGUCAUCCGAAACAGCUGAGCAGGCAUUUGAAAAAACAGAUGCCGCCUCCUCGACUGUCGUCGUCCUUGCCUCUGGUCUCAUUUUGGGUGAAGGUAUCAUGAGCAUCGUGAACCUUCUUCUUGCAAGUGGACACGUUCAACAUCUCUGA